AUGCGUCUCAGCUAUAUCGCCCGCCGAGUGCAAUGCUCAUCUCGCCCUCGAAAUCUGAAUGUGUGUAGUCGACGAAACUAUGCAGUACAACAACCUGGCGCCCCUAGCAUUUCCGUCUUCUCCAACGAGGCUAAGCAGCAGCAACGAUCUCGCGCCGCCGCCGAUGUAGAAGAAUCACGAGCCACAGAUUACCUGAGAGAUGAGGUCGCCAUGCGCCUGACCAGUCGCCUCCUGGACAUCAACCGCAACUUCGACAAGGCCCUGGAUUUCGGUGCCAAUGCCUGCAACAUCGCUCGAAUCCUUACACUACCAGAUCCCGAUCCCGACUCUGCCAAACCCGUCUCGGAGCCACUGAGCUCAAAGAUUGGCCACCUGACAUGUGCCGACUCCAACCAGUCCAUGCUGCAUCGCGACCAGAACGAGCCUUUCAACAAAGACAUGUCCCUCACACGCCAUGUGCUCCAGAACCCAGAGACGCUCCCCUUUGAAGCCAAUUCUUUCGAUCUCGUUCUCUCUUCACUCAGCUUACAUUGGAUCAAUGACCUGCCAUCCGUCCUCUCUCAAAUCAACAACGUCCUCAAGCCCGACGCNCCCUUCAUUGCCGCCAUGUCUGGCGGUGACAGCUUGUUCGAACUGCGUGGUUCUCUGCAACUCGCCGAGCAGGACCGUCUAGGAGGUAUUGGCACCCACGUGUCACCACUCGCCGACGUUCGCGAUGUCGGUAAUCUUCUCACUCGUGCCGGCUUUAAGCUUCUCACAGUGGAUGUCGACGAUAUCAUCGUUGAUUACCCCAGCACGUUACACUUGAUGCGCGACCUUCAAGCCAUGGGCGAGUCUAAUGCUGCGCUCAAGCGUACUCCUGGACCUAUUUCAAGAGAUGUGCUAUUGGCCACAGAAGCAAUCUACAAGGAGUUGUAUGGCAAUGAUGACGGUAGUAUCCCCGCUACGUUUAGAACCAUAUACAUGAUCGGUUGGAAGGAAGGUGCGAAUCAACCGAAGCCGCUGGAGAGAGGCACUGGAGAAAUCAACAUCAAGGAUAUUCUUGAAGGAGGUGGUUCUUACAACGGAUAA